UGGACACUCCGAGCCCCUCUACAACGGUUGUAGGAAAAGGCAGAGAGCGAGAGCGAGAGCGAGAGAGAGAGAUGGCAGCGGCCUGCCUUUCAACCUUCAUCUCUCCACCACUCUCUUCAAAUCCCCGCCUCUUCUCAUCCUCUACUUCCUCAUCUUCUCUGCAGCUCCAUCGAUUAAGGCCCGCCCAUCUCAGAAAUUCAUUCACGCUUCUAUCCAACGGCGGAGAUAACCUCACUGCCACUAUCUCAGACAACACCUCCCUGAAGCUGACAGGCAUAUAUGAGCGCUGCAGCACAUGGAAAUGGAGAGGCCACGUCAUCAAUUUCUUGGUCAGUGGAGAGGGCCCACCUCUGCUGCUCGUUCACGGCUUCGGCGCCUCUGUCGGCCAUUGGCGAAGGAACAUUGGAGUAUUAUCAGAAAGCUACACUGUUUAUGCCGUCGACCUGCUUGGCUUUGGUGCUUCAGAUAAGCCGGUGGGCUUUGAUUAUACAAUGGAAACAUGGGCUCAGUUGAUUUUGGAUUUCUUGGAUGAAGUCGUUAAGAAGCCAGCCGUGCUGAUUGGAAACUCAGUGGGAAGCCUAGCUUGCGUUAUUGCUGCUGCAGAAUCUGUGCACGGACUGGUUCGGGGACUUGUGCUGCUAAACUGCGCAGGUGGCAUGAACAACAAGGCGAUUGUCGAUGAUUGGAGAGUAAAGCUCCUGUUGCCAUUACUCUGGCUGUUUGACUUCUUAUUAAAGCAACGGAGUAUAGCAUCGGCACUCUUCGAGCGUGUCAAGCAGCGGGAGAAUCUGAAGAACAUCCUACUGUCUGUAUAUGGCAACAAAGAAGCUGUUGAUGAAGAACUUGUAGAGAUCAUCAAGAGACCAGCAGAUGGUGAAGGGGCACUCGACGCAUUUGUUUCUGUUGUAACAGGCCCACCUGGGCCAAAUCCUGUAUCGUUGAUGCCAAAAAUCUCGCUUCCUGUUCUGGUUUUAUGGGGCGACCAAGAUCCAUUUACACCUCUCGAUGGGCCAGUGGGAAAAUAUUUCUCUUCACUCCCUUCUCGGUUGCCAAAUAUAAGCCUUUAUAUCCUGGAAGGGGUUGGGCACUGUCCUCAUGACGAUAGACCUGAUUUAGUCCAUGAAAGGUUGCUCCCAUGGUUGGGUAGUCUUCCAUCCUUGUGAAUGAACUCUCUACCUUAGAAAUUGACUAUAUACCUCAGUUUUCACUCUCUUGGUGUCAGUCUCCUAUCUUUUGCGAGCCUAAUUCAAAGCAUGAAAUCUAGCAAUUUAUUAGUCUCCUAUCCUUUUACGGUUUUAGAGUUCAAGUUGUGCUUCAUAUACGUAAUCCUGUGAUUACUCUUGCAUAAUUUGAGCAGAAGAGAGACAUCGCAUUCUUCAUUUGGGGUUAUUUUAUCAAUGUUGGGCAUAGAAAACAUGCUGGCAUGCAGUCACAAAGUGCCAAACAUGGUGUAUCCAAACACCGAAUUCGAAGUGUUUGGGUUAAUUAUAUUUUGGAUGUGUGGAUAAAAUCUUCUAUUGAUACUAUCAUCACUUGUUUGUAUAUAUUGAAGAGCCCAGUGCUUAUACAUGAACAAUUUUGGUUGAAAGAAGGGGAUUGAAUUUUACUUUU